AUGGCACGUCAAUUCUUCAUCGGAGGCAACUUCAAGAUGAAUGGAACCAUCGAUUCCAUCAAGAAGAUUGUCCAGAACCUGAACGAUGCCAAGCUCGACCCCAACGCUGAGGUCGUCAUUGCCCCCCCUGCUCUCUACCUCCUCCUCACCCGCGAGCACCUCCGCAAGGGUCUCGAGGUCGCCGCACAGAACGUCUACGACAAGCCCAACGGUGCCUUCACCGGUGAGAUCUCGGCCGAGCAGCUCAAGGACAGCGGCAUCACAUGGACCAUCCUCGGCCACUCGGAGCGCCGCACCAUCCUGCAGGAGGACGACGCCUUCGUCGCCAGCAAGACCAAGGCCGCGCUCGACGGUGGCCUGAGCGUCAUCCUGUGCUGCGGUGAGAGCCUUGAGCAGAGAGAGGCUGGCAGCACAGUCGACGUCGUCACUAAGCAGCUGAAGGCUGUCGCGGACAAGGUCAAGGACUGGAGCAAGAUCGUCAUUGCCUACGAGCCCAUCUGGGCCAUUGGCACCGGCAAGGUCGCCACCACUGAGCAGGCUCAGGAGGUCCACGCCGCCAUCCGCGAGUGGCUCAAGAAGGAGGUCUCGUCCGAGGCUUCGGAGAAGACCCGCAUCCUGUACGGCGGCAGUGUCAACGAGAAGAACUGCAGCGAGCUCGCCAAGCAGGCCGACAUUGACGGCUUCCUUGUUGGCGGUGCUUCGCUGAAGCCUGCGUUUGUCGACAUCAUCAACGCCAACUCGGCAUGA